AUGAUCAAGUUCAUCCUUGUGCAAGAAAGACUCGUCUGUCUAAGUGGUACGCCCCGUAUGAAGAUGACGAGAAGACUACGCGGCGAAGUCCAUCGCUUAAUCGCGCCCCGUGACCAGAAGUACCAAUCGAACUUUGUCGAGUUCCGCAACGACAAGAUUGUUUACCGCCGCUACGCCGGUCUGUUCUUUUGUGUCUGUGUGGACUCAAAUGACAACGAGCUUGCGUAUCUCGAGGCUAUCCACCUGUUUGUCGAGGUUCUCGAUGCGUUCUUCCAGAAUGUGUGUGAGCUCGACCUCGUCUUCUCCUUCUACAAGGUCUACGCCAUUCUCGAUGAGGUCUUCCUCGCGGGCGAGAUCGAGGAGACGUCAAAACAAGUCGUUCUCGACCGUCUCGACUAUCUAGAGAAGCUGGAGUAG